UUCCAAUAUUUCUAAAGACUAUAUGGCUUCCGUGACGGCCAAGCAGCUACACUUUGUGUUAAUCCCGCUGAUGGCACAAGGUCAUAUGAUUCCGAUGGUUGACAUGGCUCGGCUUCUUGCAGAUCGAGGGGUGAUCGUAAGCUUGAUCACUACUCCCCGAAAUGCGUCGAGAUUCGACACAGUCAUCGAACGAGCUUCUGAGUCAGGGCUCCGCGUUCGGCUAGUGAAAAUUCCAUUUCCAUGCCAAGAAGUGGGACUUCCAAUUGGAUGCGAGAAUCUCGACACUUUAUGUUCCAGGGACCUAUUGAAAAAGUUCUACAAUGCACUUGAUUUGUGGCGAGAACCAUUGGAACAAUUCCUGGAACAGCAAAAGCCGCAACCAAGCUGCAUAAUAUCAGACAAGUGUCUUUCCUGGACCUCAGAAACCGCUCAGAAGUUUAACAUUCCCAGGAUUGUUUUUCAUGGGAUGGGCUGCUUUUCAUUGUUGAGCUCUCACAAUGUGAAGCUACACAAGGCUCAUCUUUUCGUUGCCUCGGACUCGGAGCGCUUUCGGGUUCCAGGAUUGCCACAAAAAGUGGAGAUAACAAGGGCUCAGCUUCCCGGUACCUUUGUUAGCUUGCCUGACUUGGACGAUACUCGCAACAAGAUGCAAGAGGCUGAAAUGAAUGCUUAUGGUGUUGUGAUAAACAGCUUCAAUGAACUCGAGCAUGGAUGUGUCAACGAGUACCAGAAGGCAAUAAAGAAAAAGGUUUGGGCCAUUGGACCAGUUUCUUUAUGCAACAGAAUAAACUUGGACAAGUUUGAACGAGGCAACAAAGCAUCAAUCAAUGACAACAAAUGCUUGAAAUGGCUCGACUCUAUGAAAACAAGGUCAGUUAUUUACGCUUGUUUAGGCAGUCUAUGCCGUCUCGUUUCAGCACAAUUGAUAGAGCUGGGGUUGGGUCUAGAAGCAUCACAACAACCGUUCGUUUGGGUAGUCAAAACAGGUAAUCAACGAGCUAAUGAUGAGUUGGAGAAGUGGUUUUCAGAACAUAACUUUGAGGAGAAAAUUAAAGGGAGAGGACUUAUAAUCAAGGGUUGGGCUCCCCAAGUUCUUAUUUUAUCCCACCCUGCAAUAAGAGGGUUCUUAACUCACUGCGGUUGGAAUUCAACUUUAGAAGCCGUAUGCUCGGGGGUGCCAAUGAUAACAUGGCCACAAUUCUCCGAACAGUUCUUUAACGAGAAACUGAUUGUUGAAAUUCUAAAAAUAGGUGUUGGGGUUGGGGUUGAGAUCCCUGUUAGAUGGGGUGAAGAAGAGAAACUUGGGGUGCUGGUUAGGAAAGAACAGAUUGUGACAGCCAUAGAUAUGUUGAUGAAUGGCGGAGAAGAAGGCGAAAAGAGGAGAAUGAGAGCUCGAGAACUUGCGGAAAUGGCGACAAAAGCAGUAGAAAAUGGAGGAUCAUCCCAUCUCAACCUGUCACACUUGGUGCAGGACAUUUUGGAGCAAGUCAAUCAACUAUAGCCAGCCAAUGUAUAUAUUUUUUAAAGUAAAAUCCCUUAAAUAGAUCAAAAUAUGUAAAAGUUUUCUUAUCUCGAGGUAACAAAAAUGUCGCAUCCCGUA